CCUCAGAUCGAAGCAGUCGCUGUCAGUUACUCCUACGUCGGCAUCUUGUUCACUUCAUAUUGGUAGUACAACUUAUUCGUUCCAGUUUCCGAAUUUCUGCAACUAAUCAACGAUUUGUAAAGCCCAACAAAAUGGUCUGGAUUACAGUCGACGAUAAGAUGGCAGCAGGACAAUCUCCAAGAGCUCAGACUGAGCAAAGUCAUCUCGACCACAUGUGCGCCCUUGACAGUGACUCUCGUGCGGCCUUCUACCGUCUCUCUGGCAUUAUCUGCACCAUUGGACCGGCCUCAAGGUCCGUGGAGAUGCUCGAGAAGAUGAUAGAGACCGGCAUGAACAUCGCUAGAAUGAACUUCUCUCAUGGUUCUCAUGAAUAUCAUGCUGAGACUAUUGCUAAUGUGAGACAGGCGCAGAAGAAUCUCUCCGAGAGGAACAAGGUCAAUGUUCCUGUUGCUAUUGCACUUGAUACGAAGGGGCCGGAAAUUCGUACUGGUCUUUUGGAAGGUGGUGGAUCAGCCGAAGUUGAGCUGGUGAAGGGUCAGACCUUCAAGUUAUCGACAGACAAAGCCUACUCUGAAAAAGGCAAUGGCGAUACCGUCUGGGUGGACUACGAAAAUAUCUCCAAAGUUUUGAAAGUGGGCAAUCGAGUCUUUGUGGAUGACGGCCUGAUCUCCCUGAUUGUGACAGCAGUGGCGCCCACACAGAUCACCACUACUGUGGAGAACGGUGGCACUCUGGGCUCCCGAAAGGGCGUUAAUCUCCCUGGAGUUCCAGUGGAUUUGCCAGCAGUCUCCGAGAAGGACAAGUCCGACCUUCAGUUCGGUGUUGAACAGGAGGUGGACAUGAUCUUUGCCUCCUUCAUCAGGAAUGCAGCUGCCUUAACUGAGAUCAGGGGAAUUCUCGGUGACAAGGGAAAGAAUAUCAAGAUCAUAUCGAAGAUUGAGAAUCAGCAGGGAAUGACCAAUCUCGACGAGAUCAUAGAGGCAUCCGACGGUAUAAUGGUGGCUCGUGGUGAUCUUGGAAUUGAAAUUCCCCCGGAGAAGGUAUUCCUAGCGCAGAAGUGCAUGAUCUCCCGUUGCAACAAGGUCGGAAAGCCUGUUAUCUGCGCCACCCAGAUGCUGGAGUCAAUGGUGAAGAAGCCAAGGGCAACGAGGGCCGAGUCAUCAGAUGUUGCCAAUGCCAUUCUCGAUGGUGCUGAUUGUGUUAUGCUCUCUGGUGAGACUGCCAAGGGUGACUAUCCCCUCGAGUGUGUUCGCACUAUGGCCAAUAUAUGCAAGGAGGCCGAGGCUGCCAUAUGGCAUCGACAACUAUUCAACGAUCUCGAGAGCAAGGCCAUUCCUCCUAUUGACGCUACUCAUGCUGUUGCCAUUGCUGCUGUUGAGGCCUCCGCCAAGUGUUGCGCCACAGCUAUCAUCGUUAUCACGACUUCUGGCAGAUCUGCUCAUCUCAUUUCCAAGUACAGGCCACGCUGUCCUAUCGUCGCUGUCACUAGGUUCCAUCAGGUCGCCAGGCAGGCACAUCUCUAUCGUGGAAUAUUGCCCCUUCAUUAUACUGAACCACCAGUCGCUGAUUGGCUGAAGGACGUUGACCUGCGUGUCCAGUAUGGCCUCAAUUUCGGAAAAAAUCGUGGCUUCUUGAAGACUGGAGACACUGUUGUGGUGGUGACUGGAUGGAAGCAGGGUUCUGGCUUCACAAACACUCUUCGUGUUGUGACCGUCGACUAAGGCCGAUACACUAGCUGGAGUGUUGCUGAGUGUAAGGACACAUUAGGGAGCAACAAUGAGCCCAUCAAGAGGAACGCAGUGAAUACUCUACGUUCAAUACGCUACAGAGAACAAUAAAUAAUUAUAUUACGUUGUUUCAAUUCAUAGGCAUUCAAAAACUGGAAUAUCCAAAACUGUCUAACAUUAGUUUCAGUAUUAUGUCACUGUUAUAGGGCUUGCGGAUGAUAAUAAGAGAAUAUACAUUGAGAUCUGUAACUGAUGGUUGGUGAUAUUAUAAUUAAAUAAAUUAUUGAAUCACAGAAGAAA